ACAGCAAAGACUGACGAGUAAAAUUUUAUGAGUUUUUAGUUGAUGUGCCAAAGAAAUAUAAAUUACAAUGGCUGGAUCUUACUAUUUUGUGAUUGUAGGGCAUAAUGAUAACCCUAUAUUUGAAAUGGAAUUCGCUCCAAGCAAUAAAGAUGCAAAGAAAGAAGAUCACAGACAUUUAAGCCAAUUCAUUGCACAUGCAGCUUUAGAUCUCAUAGAUGAGCAUAUGUGGAAAACAAAUCACAUGUAUUUAAAAUCAGUCGAUAAAUUUAACCAAUGGUUUGUAUCAUCCUUUGUGACUGCUAGUCAGAUAAAAUUUAUUAUGGUUCACGAUAUAAAAAAUGAAGAUGGUAUUAAGAAUUUUUUUAUGGAGAUAUAUGAGACCUAUAUAAAACAUUUAAUGAACCCAUUUUAUGUAAAAAAUUCAUUGAUCAAAUCUCAAAAUUUUGAGAAAAAAGCUCAAUUAUAUGGAAGGAAGUAUUUAACAUCUUAA